GUCACUCACCCACCAACUCAGUUCCAUCAAAGUUAAAAUGGGAGAUUCCGUCGGGUAGUACAAGCGUAUCUCACGACCCUGCCGUCAUGGUCUCGAGCGCCGACAACGAGCGCAACGUCUUGGAAAAGAAAAUUACCCACAAUCAGCCUAUCAGCACUCAGCGCUUCAGCGGUCACGACGUGAUUGGGGUGAAGUGAUAGGAUAUAUAUGUAUACCAUGCCAAAACGGCUAGACUCUCGGACAGCAGCAUAUAGUUCUCGACCUUUAGAUUGGCACUCUGCUGCAGUCACGGUGCUACCUAAGUACUUAUGUCUUACCGCCCUGACGAAUCCAAUGCACAGAUCUAUGCUGAGGGCGCAUGGCUGCAGGGGGCCAUCGUCACUGGCGUCCUUUAUGGCGUGGUGGUCGUCCUGUCCGCCAUGUGUUGGCGCUCCCUCUGGCCCCGCGCUCGAUCUCAUGGCAAUGGCUACAAGAUGAACAGAUUCCUCUUAUGCUAUGUCGCUUUCCUCUUUGCGGUUGGUACGAUAUAUGUAGCGUUCAACUCCUGGAUAACGCAAAUGGGCUUCAUUGACAAUCGUUUAUAUCCCGGAGGUCCUAGUGCGUACGAGGAGGCAACCUCGUCACCUCCACUAAACACUGCUUUCGUGGUUUCGGAUUGGUGUGCAGACCUGUUGAUGAUCUGGCGGUGUACAGUAGUAUACAAAGAUACUAGACUCUACUACAUCAUCGUUGGACUUGGAUCUAUUCUGUUCCUCGGAACUCUGAUCACAGGAACGCUCUGGCUUGUCAUUGUCUCAACACCAGUACAAUCCGUAAGCGGCUGGAUGUCCUUUAGCUUGCUCUUCCCAUAUCUCUGCUUCUCCCUUGCCAUCAAUAUCUUCAUCAGCCUUCUCACUGUCGUACGCCUUCUAUACCACCGCCACCGAAUAUCCAAAGUCCUUGGUUUAGGCCACGGCGCGAUGUACGCCAGCUUCGCAGCCAUCGUUAUCGAAUCCGCCGCCAUUUAUUCGAUAUGUUCGCUCCUCUACCUCGUACCGUAUACCCUCAACAGCCCGAUCUCAUAUGCAUUCAUGCAAUUACUGGGUGAGGCGCAGGUCGUUGCCCCACUCCUUAUUCUCUACCGCAUCGCAGUGGGCAAGGCCUGGACGACUCGCUCCAACACCCUCAUGGACGAAAACUCCAUCCCAUUGCAGCGGCAGUCGGUCUUACCAAAACCCGCAACCACUCCGCUGAACGUUGAGAUUUCCUUUCACCAAGAAACCACCCGCGACGAAUCAAUACGCUCUCCCAAGGUAUCAUAUCCGAUGGAAUCUACCGAACAUUAUGCGAAUGAGGGCGAUGUCUUUGGUAGAGCGGUAUGAAACACUCGUGGGGGUGAUUCAGAUUUUAUGUGUAGCUACCUUAUGUGACAAUGGUUUCGUUGCAAUGCCUUCACGAGAUCUAUGUAGUUAUCUUGGAGUUGUCAAGAACAGUUAGCAUACUGUAUAUACCCAUUCUCAUCCACGGGACAUCUUCGACACAAUAGAAGGGUUUCACAUAC